AUGGCAGCAACCAAAGAAGCGUCUGUUGCGGUCCCCCGGCGAAGACCGACCAAAGAGGACUUAAUCAGUACACACAAGACACACUUGGACAAGCAAGACAGAUCGCCAGAUGCGCCACGGCCGGUGAAGCAGCCUAUUAUGUCCGAGGCGUACCCAGCUUCGACAAGAUCCAUCAGAGAACUUGAAAUAAUACCGUUAAGUGAUCUCUGUGUCGAGGCACAUCACCGAGGGAAGGGCAUCAUCGUCAAGGCCAUCAGUCCGCCGUACGUCGGUGCGGGUGCCGUGAGUAUUGUGGAAGAUCAGUUCGGCAAUGCCGAGCGGCUGGCCAUAUACAACCAGCCAGAUUCUUCCAUCUUGUCAGCCGUUCCCGAGGGUUGUGUGGUCGCCGUGAAGGAACCAUACUACAAGAAGAACGGCUCAGAGAACGACUUUAUGAUUUGCGUCGACCAUCCCUCGGAUGUCAUCCUCUUGCGAUUCACUGACCCAAUCAUUCCCGAGCCGCUGAGGCUCGGCCCAUUGUUGAAGACGGCGGAGGACUGGAAAAAGGCCGGUGACACGGCCUUCAUUGAGAAAGACUUCCCAACAGCAGUAUUUUGCUAUACCGAAGCACUUGAAAGCUCCUCCGACCCGACCUUCCAAUCCCCCAUAUACACGAAGCGCGCGGGCACCAACCUCGUCCUCGGCCGCUACGACGACGCCAAAGCCGACGCCCUGGCCUCUCUCGCGGGCGGUCCCCAGCAGCACGAAUGGAAAGCCUACUACAACGCGGGCCGCGCCGCCUACGGCCUUUGCGACUACAGGACGAGCCACUCGCUCCUAAGCAAAGCCCUCGCCCUCAACCAGUCCCACAGCGGCAUCCAACGGGAGCACGCCCGGUGCGAGGCGCGCCUGCACGAGGAAGAAACUGGGAACUACGACUUCCCCGCCAUGCUGGCAUCUCUGACCGCGCAGUCGGUGCACUUAGACCGGGGAUCUUUUCUCCGCAACACACGCGUGGCCGACUCGGCGCACCACGGGCGGGGGCUGUUCGCCGCGCGGGACCUUGCCGCAGGCGAAAUCAUCUUUGUCGAGAAGGCGACGCUCAUGCCCAACCAGUACGACCCCGGGCGGGCGUCGGCGGCGCUCUACGCGCUGACCGUCCGCCAGCUGUGCGACAACCCGUCGCUUGCCGAGCCAGUGCUGGGCAUGUACGGCGGGGAGUAUGCCCGGAGUGGGAUGGAAGGGAUGAUUGUGGAUGGCGUGCCCGUGGUGGAUGUCUUUUUGGUCGAGAGCAUCCGCACAAAGAACUGCUUUAGUUCCCCAAGGUCGACCGUCGAAGAUACCAAGCCCAGCAUGCCCUCGGGAAGGCAGGCGAAAGGGCUAUGGGUACACGCCGCGGCUAUGAACCACGGCUGCGUGGCCAACUCGAUGCGGUCGUUUGUCGGCGACAUGCUCAUUAGCCGCGCAACGAGGGACAUCAAAGAAGGGGAGGAGAUCUUUCAGCAGUAUGUCCCCGUAAAAUCGCUGGUUGACGCGCGCAACAGGCAGUACCUGGAAGGGUGGGGGUUUGAGUGCGGGUGUAAGCUGUGCGUCACGGAGCGCCGCAGUCCCGAGGCAAACCUGGCCAAGCGGAAGGAGGCGCUGAUGGCGGUAGAGAAGGUGUGCAACAAGAAACUGCCGGGGAAAGGGGACUUGGUCCCUGACGCGACGAUUCGGAAUGUGGAACGGUUGACGAAGCAGCUGGAGGAUCUUCAUGAGGCGGACGUGUACGCGGAAGGCCUACCAAAGUUGACGCUCAUUUACCCUUGCAACUGGCUGGUUGGCGCGCACAAGGGAAGGAAAAACCACGCGAAAGUGAUCCGGUAUGCAAAGAAGGUGCUGAGGUGUUUUGGGUUCAUAGUGCCCGAGGAUAAGGGUGUGGAGUGGGAUCCGAGGAAAAUGUACUCGUCUUCGGGCGACAUGACGUUGAUGACGGUUCAUGUGGUGGUUGCGCUCAGGAGGCUGGCGGAGGCGUACGAGGCGCUGGGAGAAGGGGAUAUGGCCAAGAAAUGUGUCGAGGCAGCGAAGUUUGGAUACAUGCUGGUGACGGGGUUCGAGAACGAUUUGAGUAUGCUGGACAGAUAA